AUGGAGAAUGUUAUAGAGAGUGAGAAAGGUAGUAUUGAGAAUGAAAACGUUUCUCAAUAUAAGCCGACCCAGACCUACAGAGUGCUGGAAUUUAUCUUUCUACUACUGACUACAAUCAUCCUGGGAGUUGCACUUCUUGCAAGCUCACUCUCGAAUGUUGAAGGGGCUGGAUUCAAAAACACCACUGGAGCUAUCUCUGAUAUCUACUACACUCAAAUCACCCCUGCUGGAUGGACCUUCACGAUAUGGGGAAUAAUAUACACCGCUCAAGUCCUCUGGAUUAUUUAUGGCUGGUCAUUUGUCUUCAGACCUGCAACACCACAGGCAAUCUCAUUCGUUACUUACAUAUUUUAUGGAUUCGCGAACAUUUGUAAUCUCAUAUGGAUCUACUUAUGGGGUAAUUUGUACCCUGAAGUAGCAUUUGGAAUCAUAGCUCUGUGUAGCAUAUCUCUAUAUGCCACUGUGAUUGCACAGGCCAUUCACCUCUACAGAGAAACACCUGCUCUCUCCUCUACAAAGAAGUUUAAGAUUGAUCUAUACCUCAGUCGAAUUAUUGUUUUAAACAGCGUAGCUAUAUAUGCCGCUUGGGUUACUACAGCUACUCAACUGAACUUCGUCAUUCUUCUUGUCUACUAUGGUGGUGUUGAUGCUACCACGGCUAGUACUGUUGGCCUGUCCAUUCUCCUUGUUGCUAUCAUUGUCUAUUUUAUUCUGGAGAACACGAUUUUGGAUAGAUUUGCACGAUUUGUGUUUAUCGUGUAUCCGUUAUUCAUAUGGGCUUUCUCUGGUGCAUUGUCAGCACAUUGGGGAGUGGAAGAGGACAAUCGAAACCCGAUCUUUACUCUCGUGUUGCUGGUGUUGUGCGUAGUGCUGUUCAUUGUCAGGAUCAUUCUAUGGAUUGUCUUUGCAUUUGUACGUCCUCUGGCUGUCCCAACAUCUAAGAUUGCAUGCCAGCUGUGUGAUGUGUGAGACAUUUCCAAGAUAGCUGUGAGACAUUAUAAUAAUAAGCUCUGCAUGCAUGUCGAUUAUAAUAUUUUUUUCACGUUGUCAAGGCAACAAAGGUGUAAUAAAAGUUAUCACAGUCCCUUC